AUGUCCCACCCUACUAUUCCUAUCUCUCUCCAUGAAUCCAGCAUUGAUUAUCGUCCUGCAGUUUCGGAUCUGUGUGGAGGUGACAGCCAAUCUGUGCAGCAUGAUAAUACUAAAGUCAAGCAUCCUCACAACGAGAGGAUAAUGGAACCCAUACCCUCCAAUCGACAGUCGCUAGCGACAUUCGAAAACGACGACCUUUUUGCAACACCGCACCUUCCCCCUGUAGUCCGCAAUAUGUCGUGCUAUGCGAGACGUUCUAGAUCAAGGUUCAAGCCCUAUCAGCUAGGGGACCAUAUUCCUACUGCACUCGAACACCGCUUCACGGAAAAGUACCUUCGGAAGCGUGAUGAGGCUGAUUUGAGUUUCAUAGAUGUCAAGAAGGGCAAGGAGAUAUUCAAGAGAGGCAUGAUGCGUAUGCCAGACGAGACCGUCUAUCACGCCGUGGUCGCCAAGAAAGCUGAUGUCGAGUGCAAGCGCUUACGCGCUCUUUCGACAGCUUGGGAGCUCGAGUCAACUGAAAGGCACGCAAUGCUUCUUCAACAUAUUCUCAAGAAUUCUACUGCCGAUUAUAUCGACAGCAUGGCAGAAGCUUCCUUUUUCGAAAGGCUCUUGGUCAAGCAUAGCAGGCAGCAGCUCGAAGACGACGCGGACUUUGUCAUUGCUGCAUACACUCGUGAUUUCACCGCCUUCGAUAUUGCAGAGGCGCAACUUGGGCAACUGCAGGAGAUCAGUGCUGGGCGGAAGUUGCAGCUGUCCACAGAGGAUAUCUCGGAUGCGGAUGAUCCGGAUGACCCGGAUGAUCUGUCCACAGAGGAAGAGGAGUUGAUUGAGGAGCAGAUGUCUGAAGAGGAGGCGGUUAAGAAGCAGCCACUCGAGUCAGUGGCGCUCAAGAAAGGGCCACCCUCAGAGGAGGUGACUGAAGACGGCUGCUCAGCAUCACUUGGGGAAUACUUCCGGGACUGGCAAGGCUACUACUCGGCGGCCGCUGCGGCCUGA